AUGGGCGCCUCCGACCCGCCCUUCCUCUACGACCCGGCUCCUCGCAACAGCCAGAUCGCAUACCCAUAUUCCGACUUCAAUCCGCGAGCUGCCACUCAGGCGCACUAUGCCGCGCUGGCGGACCGGGCGGAGCGCCAGAAGCGCAAGGCGCAGCACCAGCAGGAGGGCAAGCCGCUCAUCAACUUCAACCAACACCCGGACAGCUACAUGAUCGUCAACAACCCCGUCACACACUUCGAGCCACUGCCGCCCAACACAAAGCGCGAUAUCGUCUGGUCGCGAUGGGGCCAAUUGCUGCUGCGUGUCGUCCAAGAGGUCGGCGCACUCGGGGUCUUGGUCUGCGUCAUCUGCCUGAAGAUGGACAAUGACGGCCCCGGCUGGAUCACGCGAGUUGCCGUAAGUAGUAUCUCCUCUCCUUCAAUCCCUCAUCCUACCACCGGAAUCAAUGAUCAAUGCUGAUAUCACGUGCAAUAGCCGGCCUGGGACGUGGUCAUCACCAUGUACGCCAUCUACCACCUGCUCCGACCGGCAAAGGGACGCACACCGGCCACCAGCUCCAGCUACCACUUCUUCGCCCUCUUCAUGGACACGGGUCUGAUCCCCUUCUACGUCUUCGUCGCCCUCUACGCCAACCAGAACUACAACGAGCAGCCCGGCGUCGACGGCAGGUGGACGAGCUUCUUCACCACCAAUGUCGCCACCACCAAGCUCAUCUUCGCAACAUUCAUUGCGAGCGUCGUGCUGGCCGGUCUGCACUUGAUCAGCAUUGCCUUGGACCUGUACCUCAUCGUCAUGUUCCGGAAGAUUGCCCGCAUGCCGCCGGAUAUGAACCCACUCGAGGACAAUCUGACCGGCAGCAUCCGUCGAUCGCGGUCGCGGUCGCAGAAGCACAAGUACAAGAACAGCGAGGCUACCGUCUCCUCCCUCUCCACCGACAUGUCGGAGAAGAAGCCGGGAUACCUCAGCGGGAGUACCCUCAGUGUGCACUCGACAGCCAAGGCUCCCGAGGCAAGGACCAUUCCAUUUGGGCACAGCAGAACGGACUCGGACUACACCUAUUCGCCACACAACCCCAACUCCGCUCGUCUAUCGCGACAGCAAUACGAUCAACAGCAAUACGAUCAACAGCCGCAUUUCGAUGAGAUCAGCCUGCACCAGGGACCAAGUUCUGGUCGAGCCUCCGGUCAAGAAGUCGGAGCUGGUCACCGCUCUCGUGCGAGCUCCGUCGUCAGCCAUGCAAAGAACACAUCGGUCAUUGACUUCGGGGACAUUCCUCCAUUGCCUCGUCCCAACGCGGGAAAGACUGCGUCCUUCUACUCUGCCCGCCCGGGAAGCCCCCACCGUGUUGACACCGCGCCUUCGAGUGCCGUCGUCAAGUCCCAACAGAAGCAAGGCUUGCUCAACGACAACUGGUACGUGCUCGACGAAGAGGCCAUGUCGGAUCUCGGUACUCCACUCCGCCACCACAGACAAGCACCCUCCUACGCCGCCAGCCCAACCCUGCCGCGGGUGGAAGUCGAUCGUCACGAUUCUUUCCAGCCGCAGCCAUUGAAGAUGAACCCUCCCACCCCGCCACCAGGUGAAGACGAAGGUGAAUACCCAGAUCCAGGCGAUGGUGAUGAUUUCCAGCGUUAUCAUGGCGAGAAACACGAGCCCGCGGAAAUCGGAGUUGCUCGUACUGCGACUGUCACUUCCAACCAGACUGCAACCUCUUCUGUCUACUCGGAAAGUUCGCCCAGUUUUACCGGUGGUAACGGGCACCCCAACAACGCAUCACCCAAGGGUAAAUUCUACGGCGAUCUCGCCUCUGCUACGCGUGGUGUCCGUGGUGCCGUUCCGCUUGGACAGACGCAUUUCCCCCAGGUGGACGACCGCCACGUUCCGCGCGGUAUGAACCAGUACGGCGUUCCUACUCCUCAGCAGUCGCGUACGCCGAGUCCGCAGAAGGGCCGUGUCAUCAGCCGUACUGGUGCCGACAUUGCGGAUGGCAAUCCGUAUAGUCUGAGGGAUAGAAGAGAUGUCAGCGGCAAGAUCGCGGAGGAAGGAAGAGUCGGAGCUUCUUGGAGAUAG